CGCAGCUCCAGCAGUGAUCCGCCUCUCACUAAGGCUGGGUUUCAAACAGGCAGAACGAGAUUCCCCAAGUAGAAAGUAAUCAAUUUGCUUGUCUACUGCAGGUGCAGAAGUCAGCUUCUCUCUCACACCACUGCUCCUGAAGAUGAACCCUUGGACAACCACAUAAGAACUAGAAGUGGAAGGCAUGUGGAAAAAAACUUAAUGGAAUGCCACUCAACACACAGUACUUAGGCAAAUAUUCAAAACAAUGUUUUUCAGAUAUACCAAAGCUCAGUCUCAGGAGUUCUUCUGUAAAGGAAACAGAAAAUCACCAGCACAGGAUUAAAAGUGAAACAAGAAUAAAAAAUAUAUUGGAGUUAAAUCCUUGUGUUGCAAGAGGGGAAAAGUACCUCAAAAAACGUGAAGACAAAACCCAUGAGAGAUCGACUCCAAGAGCUUAAACUAAAAGCUAAGGAGCUACAGACAGAUGGAGAAAAUAACGGUGCAACUGUGCAAGAAGAAGAGCAGGAGAAAUUUGAACAGCAGGCCAUUAUUUAUGAAAAAGAGCCCACAACUGAAAGGCACCUGCAUGAAAUCCAGAAGCUUCAGAAUGAAAUUAAUAAUCUGGUGGAGGAAGUUGAUAAAUUCAGUCAACAACAAAGCCGCCUUGUAUCUUCAAUGAGAAGAUUCAGCGUUCUGAAAAAGGAAUCUAACGUAGCAAGAGAAAUAAAAAUUCAAGCAGAACACAUACAGAACUGUUUGGAUGAGUUGUCAAAAACAGUGAAAAAAGCUGAAAAUGAACAUGGGCCAUCAUGUGCCACAGUAAGAAUUCUAGCUUCCCAGCAUGCUUUCUUAUCCCUACGUUAUCUAAAUGCUAUGCUCUCAUACAAUGAUGCUAUAGCAGCUAAGCAAGAGAAAUGUAGAAUGUUUAUCGCCCGACAGCUUGAAGUAGCCGGUAAAGAGGUAUCUGAGGAAGAAGUCAAUGACAUGCUCCAACAAGGAAAAUGGGAAAUUUUCAAUGAAAAUCUACUUACUGAAGUAAAAAUAACUAAAGCUCAGCUUUCAGAGAUUGAACAGAGACACAAAGAACUAGUCAAUUUGGAGAAACAGAUGAAAGACCUACAUGACCUUUUUAUCCAGAUGUCAGUUCUGGCAGAAGAACAAGGGGAGACGAUCAACAACAUUGAAAUCUGCAUGAACAACACUCAAGAAUAUAUUCAAGCUUCUAAUGAAACAUUUGGGCUUGCAGUCAAGUAUCAAAAAAGAAACCCUUGCAAAGCAAUAUGCUGCUGGUGUUGUCCAUGCUGCAAAUGACAAAACAAAUAAACUGUUUGAAAUACUAAUGCUUCCUAUUUAGUACACUAAUCUCGUAAAGGAGUCCUUCCCAUUUCCUUUCACAAAGAU